AAGGGACCCUGUUCCCAGAAUAAGACGGCAGUCAGCAUAGAUAUGACGACGUAUUUUGUCCUGCCAUGUUGAGUGCAUUAACUGUAUUGGCAUGCAGUAUUCUGUGGGCUGGCAUCAGAGGCACAAAUUAGCUUUGUCAGUUUAUGAAUUUAUUUUUUAAAUCUCUUCAUCUCUCCCUUUUGUUUUUACUACCACACUUUUUCACCAUUGGAUUAUACAGUAAACAGCUCCAUGGUUUAUGAAUUGUAGAACAGCUGCAUAUUGCUUUCUUUCUGCGUCAUCACUGAGAAUGAAGUAUUUGAGGAUGCUUUGGUGGACGUAGUUUUAAAGACUAAAGAGGAGAAAGAUGCAGAGCUUGACAAGAGAAUAGAAGCUUUACGGAAAAAGAAUGAAGCACUUAUGAAAAGAUAUCAGGAAAUAGAAGAAGACAAGAAAAGGGCAGAAUUGGAAGGAAUGGCUAUCACCACUCGUAAAAACAAGCCUGAGACUCUAACCAUCACAAUUACAAAAGCCCCAAAUGAGAAGAGAGUGGUAAGUGAAAAACGGGGAGUUGGAAGACCCAGCAGUCUGAAAGGGUUUGAAGUAGAUGAUGUUGGCCAACGAUUCUCCAUAGGAAGGGGACACAGGCUUCGUAAAUUUGUUGUGGAGGAAAGCAAGGCAAAGGAAUGGGAGGAAAGGAGAAAACACAAUAUUGAAAAGAUGAAUGAAGAAAUGGAGGAAAUAGCAGAAUAUGAGCGCAGCAGAAGGGAAGGAAAAGUUGACAAGAAUCCAGUUAGAAAUUUCUUGGAUGACCGUCGGCGUUCAGGGCCCUUGCCAGAGGGGGAUAAGCACGUGGCCAGUCGACGUCAUGUUCGCAACUGGGGUGGUCCUGACUUUGAGAUGGUAAAGUCUGGGAUAGAAAAGAAGCACUGGGGAAAAGGGUCUCAGGAGGGUGGAAAACAUGCCAAUAAAAGCACUGUGGACAUGACACUAUCGAUGACUGGACGAGAGAGAGCAGAAUAUGCCCGCUGGAAGAAAGAGAGAGACCAAAUAGAUCAGGAGCGGCUGGCACGACACAAGAAUUCCAAAGGAGAGUGGAAAAGAGCCUGGGAUGCCAACAAAUCUGAGGACAUGUACAUGUUUCGGGAAGACUUCACUGUGGACAGUGAACUUGGCUUUCAUAAGAAAAAAGGUGGUAGAAAUACAAGGAAAUACAAUGCACGAUUUCAGCAAUCUGAGGCUCGAGAUGAUUGGAAUCGCUCUGAUAGGGCACGAGAAUUGUCCCCUCGGAUUGAAGCUACAGAUAGCACAAAAUCUAGGGGCAAGGACAGACUAACUGGGAGAGCCAGAUGCUAUAACAGAUUCGAUGCAAAAGGGAAGUUUGAAAUACAGACAGAGACAGGAGACCAGUGGAAGAAUACAGAACAUAAGGAUCAAAUGGUAAAUGAAGAGGAGAAAUUGUGGAGGGAUGGCAGUGUGGACAUAGUUGUGCUUGAUUGGGAAGACAUUGAAGAAGAUACUGAUGUCUGGAGGAAUGGGGUGUGGGACAUGCUUCAACCUUGUGACUCACAGACAAGCUCUUUAGAUCUCAAGGAUAGUGUUCUGCUGGAUGUUGAAGGGACGGUGAACAAGCAAGCGAACUGUGACAGUAAACUGGGUGAUAUAUCUCUGGCUGCAGAGCUGUUGGAUCAUAAUGCAUCUGAUGAAAACGGUUCUCAUACCCAACUGGAAAUUGGCGUUUUGGAUCACGGUCUUCUGUCAGGCAGUGAUAUACAGGACAAUGAAGAGACUGGAAAUAACAUGUCAAAUUCCUCUGUGGAUACUGAAACACUGGAGAAAACAUAUCUGUUGGAUACCUUGGAUAAGAAAUCAGUCCAAAGCGUUGAGACAGAAGAUCAUGAAACAUUAAAAGACAAAAGUGGAAUGGAACAUGAAUUGCCUGAUUAUUGUGACACUCAAGUUGACAGUUUGACAUUGAAUGAAAUUGCUGAUGGUCAUGAAGAAGCAAAAAUAAUUUGCUCUUCAGCUACUGAAAAUGGAACCCGAAGUUUGGCAUCAAACAGUAAGUUACAGGAUGUGUCUGGAGAGGAAGCCACCAGCAAGUUGCAGCUCAAACUGAAACCAGAUAGUGUAGAGAUCUCACAACAGAUUGAACAGGAAAGUAGUGUCCUCAAUUUCAAUGGUGGAAAUAAUGACCCUGGUCCUGAUACAGAGAAGAAAUGUCAGCAGACACUCUCUGAAGAAAAGGAAAGAAAUGGCACUGACCAUCCUGAUGCAAAAGGGACACCUGGCAAUUCAACUGUUGUCUUGAAGAAAAAACAAGAGAUUUCACCCGACUCUAUGAUAAUAGACAUUAACAACUGUAAUGUUGUUGGGAUAAUGGUUGAAGAAAACUGAAGCCACACCUUACUGAUGAUAUUGUGUUGUUAAGAUCCUCAGCACCUAUAAUGCAAUUAUCACAUCAAAUUCUGUUACACAGUGUUUAUAAUGUAUAGCUACAGGCUUUAUAACACUCAGAUAACAUGCAAGAGUAGAAACCUUCCUCUAGCUAAAGUCAAAACCUUUACAAAAAGCACUAAGCAAAAUUUCCAAACACUUUAAUUUACUUUUUUAAAUAUUUUAUUUGCUGCAAAUUCUGCAUAUUUAAGCACUUUAUAUCUAUUAUUUGUUUUAUUUAAAUAUAAUCUGGUGCACUUGAUGUGGCUGAUGAAUAGGUAAGUAGACUCAGAAGUUUUAAAUAAAACUAGCUCUUGUGAAAGACUUAGCUUAGAAGACUGGAUUUAAAUCAGCAUGUGUUUUACAUUUACGAUCUAUUUGAACAAUACAUGCUUCCAGAGAGGUUUGAACAAAAUGGGUAUGGACAGCACUGGCUUGAAUAGUGAUUUGCACUAUUCCUGCCCUGUCAUCCAUUUAAAAUGCUGUAAAUUAAGGGCACAGGUAUAAUGUGGGGCAAAACAAUUGUAGUUAUUUGAUUCCACAAUCACAACUAUAAUAAAAAAGCAAAAUUAUAACACUUAGAACUGAGUUGCUUUGAAGACAAAGGUUAAAAAUACUCAAGGUCACAAAUAGUUUGGGUAGUCUUAAUUUAGUUUGCAAUAGAAACUGUAGAUCUGAUUGUAAUUUGGCAGGUUUUUCAGCUAGCUUUAAGUAUUCUGACAAACAAAAACAUUUCACUGGUGACAGGAGGUUGUUUUUUCAGAGGUUGGGAUUGAAAGGUUAUCAAGACAGCAUUUCUUCUGACACAUAUAGAUCUGUGCUCUCCAUGUGUGAUUUGAGGGUAAAUACUUCUGAAUUUGCCAUUGUGCCCAUUUUGAGAAAGGAAAUCUAUACUUUGGAGUCUUUCAAAUGAAAAACAGUCACAAAAUGUACAUUUGCUUUGAAAUGUUUCAAGUGCUCGUUGAGAAUCAGCAUAAGUCAAGCUGUCUGUCACUGCUCUUGUGUCUAUUAUUUGGACCUGUGCCAAAUAAUGCUGCAUGUGAGCCAGUCUUGCAUCAAUUGGAAAUUGCCCUCCAUUUUGUUCAUUACUAAUGCUUGACCUUAAAGAGUACCUUGGACUACAAAACGGGAAAUUUGCUUCUGCUUUAACAUCUGAAUUGCUCUUCUGAGGUUAGCUAUAAACUGAAACUUAUUUCAUUCAACAGACAGGUAUAUGAACGCCUCCCAAUUCACAAACUGAAUUAAUCACCCCUAACUGCGAAGCCUGGGAGGAAUUGCAUUGAGGUUAGGUUACCUAUCCACAGACUGAAUGUAAAUUGACUUGGUAUGGUUGUUUAACAAUCUCUUAUUCCCAGCAUCAUCACAUUGAUGAGAUGGUGUUUACAUUUGUUUUAUGAAAAAAACACAUGGGAGCUUUUGCUCAAAUACAUGGUUUGCAAGGAAGUUAAGGGGCUGCAAUCAUGCAGGAUUCCCAGAUUUCUUUUGUAAUUGCCAUUCUUGAAAAGCACAAAGAGGUAGAUUAUUACGUCUCUGAAUGAACCUGUUCAGUAUAGGAGGGGUAAGAAGAGGAUAUGUGUGUGUGUGUGUGUGUGGAGGGGGGAGUAAUAGGUUAGCAUUGGCAUGGUGCAGAGUUAAUGCUCAUCUUAAAGUUUACUUAUUUGAAUGGUGUGCAUUGUUUGAUGCUACUUGUAUUUAGAGUUGAAUAGAUUAAAAAAAAAUAUUUUUGUUACUCAUGUCAUGUAAACAAGAAUUAAGGUUAGGUAAAUCCAGAAAACAUUGGCCGAUGAUGUAUAUAUUAGAGCAUGGUUUGCAGUUUUCACAAUAGUGAAUAUCGGUGGUUGCCUUAGACUGGAUUGAAGUUUUUUUUUGAAAGCUGAUUUCAUUUUUGUGGAAUUAUUAAAGCAACAAUGUCUGUUUCAAUGAU